CUCCCCCGUCGUUUCAGUUUCAGUUUUUCCUAUCAAACUCCGCUUUGCUUGUUUCCCAUGGCAACCAUGAAACUGAGAAUCAGAUCCCUCGAAUCCAAACAGACCCUGAAAGUCGAAAUCCCCACUCCCUCUACUCUCCAACAACUCAAGCAAACCCUAUCUCAAUCAAUCUCGUCUUCCUCUUCUAUCUAUCUAUCCCUCAAUCGCAAGGACGAGCUCCACGCGUCCUCGCCCGAAGCGUCCCUCCAGUCCCUCGGUAUCACCUCCGGUGAUCUUAUCUUCUUCACCCUCAACCCCACCGGCUUCUCCUCCUCUUCUCAAAUUCUGGCUCCCAAUCCCGAUUCCGUACAACAACCACCUCAAACCUUGGCUCCAAAUUUCCCAAAUCUAGAAAACCCAUCUGAAAUUCCUCGAGAAUCUCAAACCCUAGAGGGAAUUCCUUCGAAUCAAGACACCCCAGGAACCCUAGAAUUUUCCGGUGCUGAAACGAUGGGGGUGGAUCAUGGGUCUGGGGUUUUGAAUUCGGAGAACGAAGGAACCCUAGAAUUUUCCGGUGCUGAAACGAUGGGGGUGGAUGAUGGGCCGGUUUCAAUGGUGAAGAAGUUUUCGGAGCGUUGUUUUCUGGGGAGGGUGCUGAGCAAGGAGCUUGGCGACUAUGGUGGUGACCACACGCUGUUGGUGAUCGCCGUUCACGCGGUUUUUUUGGAGUCCGGUUUCGUCGGAUUCGAUUCGGUCUCGGGCAUGCGGGUCGACCGGUUUCACCUUGCGGACGAGUGGCCUUCGCGCGCUUUCACGAUGUCGCUCUGGUAUACUCUUCCUGAGCUUCUAGGAAAUGGGUAUCGUAAUUCUGGUAAUAUGGUUGAAAGUGUUGUUUUGAAGUUUCAAAGUUUGGGGCACUCGGUCGCUAUCUAUGGGUCUUUGGCUAAGGGCGGGCCCUGUGUGUAUCGGGCGUGUUUGAAUGAGAAUAGGUUUGUGCCGGCGAUCAGUUUAGCUUGUAGUGACUCGGUUGAUAGCAUUAACGAAGAAAAUGGGUACCCUGAAAGUGAGAUUUUUGAGUUUUGGAAGAUGGUGAAGGAUGGGCUCGUUUUGCCACUUUUGAUUGAUCUUUGUGAAAAGGCUAAUCUCCUUCCCCCACCUUGUUUUAUCCGCCUCCCCGCGGAUCUUAAACUUAAGAUUUUGGAGUCUCUUCCCGGUGUCGAUCUCGCAAGGGUGGGAUGUGUGUGUUCCGAAUUGCAGUAUUUGUCUUCGAACAAUGAGUUGUGGAAACGGAAAUGUGAUGAGGAGUUUGAACUAGAGUCGGGAGCGCAGGGAUUAGAUCAAUGGAAGGGUAGGUUUGCUUCGCUUUGGGAGAAGAAGAAGAAGAGGAAGAGGGAUGUUAAACGGUUAAAAAGGUUUCUUGGGGGGAAUUUUCUCAUCCAGGAGAGUCCAUUUGGCGCUUUUAUGGGGGGCAGAGAUCAUGCCCUCAUACCGGGUCGUCCCGUAGCUUCUGCAUUCGGACCAUACAGGAGGAUUCAGCGGGUGAACUUCAGGGCCGAUUGUCAUCUAGGUGGAUUUAAUUUUUAGUGGUCUGGUGCUGCAACUGAAUCCCUUGGGAGGUAACUUGAAGUCUCUUUUAUGUAUAUUAAUAAGUCUCACAUUGGACAUACCAAUAGAAUGAGGCCUCACAGGAGGACAGUAUAUGCUUUGAAAGUUUCUGCUGGUUUUGACGUUUAUAAGGAGGAGCGCAGGUUUCCUAGGUUUCAUUAUUGUGGGUUGUGUUUAUGACUUUUGGAAAAAUUGAAGUUGAGUUUCUUAGUAGUGGUAAUUUUAAGUUAACUGCAGUUUUGUUCUAAUUUACUGGUAUAUUUGGUGUGGUGAUUAUUUUUUUUUUAA